GCGCUUUGGGGUUAGUCACGCAGCCGCGUAAACCCCGACCCAACAAGCCAGCAGCCUCGGAGACUUAAAGUUGUUUUAAGGGAUCUGCUGCCGGUCUCCAGGCUCUGGUUUCUUCUUUCGUUUUUCACCAUCUCCUUCUCCCACACGGCGCCUGGGUCCAGCUCUGGCCACAGAUGUGAGCAGCUGUCCCUAUGGCCAGCCCUCUGUCCUGAGGGUCAACCAGUGUCCAGAGCACAGAAGUUGCUCCCCAGUACUCACGCCCACGUACACAGAAAAUGAGUAAAAGCUACACCUUGAAGAAUCCGGGAAGGGUAUCCUAUGAUGCUGGGAUGAUAAAAAUGUUUUGGGAGAAAAAAAUCGAGCUUCACACUAAACAGCUGCAGAACGAGGACAUGAGGAUGCGCAGGAGUGCCCUGGACAGGCUCCGCAGCGAGUGGGCUCGGAAGCUGGAGACGCGGAAUCAGACGAUGCUGAGCCGCCAGGAGGCGCCCCCUGGCCCGCCCCUCCCGGCGCCCCCGACCAGCCCGCAGCCUGAGGCCCGACCUGCUUCCCCCGACGGCCCCGCCGUGGCCCCCGCGCCAGCAGAACCGCUUUGCAGUUUCGUGUCUCUAGCGUGAUGCAAGCACCCAAUAAAAUCUAAGCUAAGUGGA